AUGUUUGACAGCUCGCAGUACCCCUAUAACUGCUUCAAUGACGACGCCGACGACUACCCUGCCGGCAGCUCCGACGAGGAAAAACGGCUUACAAGGCCAGCGUACAGCUACAUCGCGCUGAUUGCCAUGGCCAUUCAGCAGAGCCCCGCGGGCCGUGUGACCCUGUCCGGCAUCUACGACUUCAUCAUGCGCAAGUUCCCCUACUAUCGCGCCAACCAGCGCGCCUGGCAGAACUCCAUCCGCCACAACCUGUCGCUCAACAGCUGCUUCGUCAAGGUGCCACGGACCGAGGGCCACGAUAAGGGUAAAGGCAACUACUGGACGUUCGCGGGUGGCUGCGAGUCCCUCUUGGACCUUUUCGAGAAUGGCAACUUUCGGCGGCGGCGCAGGCGACGCGGCCCCAAGCGCGAGGGGCCCCCGGGUCCCCUCGAGCCAGCAGUGCGUGGGUCAACGCGCUCUGAUAGCGCGCGAGUUCCAGACCGGGAGGCCCGGGUCAGUCCUGCCACACACAGAGACAUCAAAUUCAGCAUUGACUACAUCCUCUCUUCCCCGGACCCUUUCCCUGCGCUCAGGUCGCCUGGUCACUUGCAGGAAGCCAGGUAUCCGGAGGCGCUGGAGCCCCAGCAAAUGAGCUUCCAUUUUGGGGCAGCAUGA